AGAAGGAAGGGACAAUGGCUCUGAGUGGGAACUGUAGCCGUUAUUAUCCUCGGGACCAAGGGGCUGCUGUUCCCAACUCCUUCCCUGAAGUCAUAGAGCUGAAUGUUGGGGGCCAGGUUUACUUUACUCGUCAUUCUACAUUAAUAAGCAUCCCCCAUUCUCUCCUGUGGAAAAUGUUUUCCCCAAAGAGAGACACUGCUAACGAUCUAGCCAAGGACUCCAAGGGACGGUUUUUCAUUGACAGAGAUGGCUUCCUGUUCCGUUAUAUUCUGGACUAUCUCAGGGACAGGCAGGUGGUCCUGCCUGAUCACUUUCCAGAAAGGGGAAGGCUGAAAAGAGAAGCAGAGUAUUUCCAGCUACCUGACCUCGUCAAACUCCUGGCCCCCGAGGAAGUCAAGCAAAGCCCGGAUGAGUUCUGCCACAGUGACUUCGAAGAUGCCUCCCAAGGAAGCGACACGAGAAUCUGCCCCCCCUCUUCGCUGCUUCCUCAUGACCGCAAGUGGGGUUUUAUUACUGUGGGUUACAGGGGAUCCUGUACCUUGGGCAGAGAGGGGCAAGCAGAUGCCAAGUUUCGGAGAGUUCCCCGGAUUUUGGUUUGCGGAAGGAUUUCCUUGGCAAAGGAAGUCUUUGGAGAAACUUUGAAUGAAAGUAGAGACCCCGACCGAGCUCCAGAAAGAUACACCUCCAGGUUUUAUCUCAAGUUCAAACAUCUGGAAAGAGCUUUUGAUAUGUUGUCAGAGUGUGGAUUCCACAUGGUGGCCUGUAACUCCUCGGUUACAGCAUCUUUUGUCAACCAGUAUACAGAAGACAAGAUCUGGUCGAGCUAUACUGAAUAUGUCUUCUAUCGCGAGCCUUCCCGGUGGUCCUCCUCUCAUUGUGACUGCUGCUGCAAGAAUGGCAAGGGAGACAAAGGGGAGAGCGGCACCUCCUGCAAUGACCUCUCUACUUCCAGCUGUGACAGCCAAUCAGAGGCAAGCUCUCCCCAGGAGACGGUGAUCUGUGGGCCUGUUACCCGCCAGAGCAACAUCCAGACUCUGGACCGGCCCAUCAAGAAAGGCCCUGUGCAGCUGAUCCAACAGUCAGAGAUGAGGCGGAAAAGUGACCUGCUCCGGACUCUGACGUCAGGCUCCAGGGAGUCGAACAUAAGCAGCAAAAAGAAAGCUGCGAAGGAAAAGCUCUCCAUCGAGGAAGAGCUGGAGAAAUGUAUCCAGGAUUUCCUGAAGAUAAAAAUUCCAGAGCGCUUCCCUGAGAGAAAACAUCCUUGGCAGUCUGAACUUUUACGGAAGUAUCAUCUAUAGGGGAGGGCUGUGGGUAGUCGCCGCUUUGAAAUAAACCUCCCAAAAGGAAGACAUAUGUUAAAGGAAAAAAUAACAACUAACAAUCCACAUUUGUUAGAACACAUGUCCAUCGAUGUACUACUGCCUACUUUGCCUAGCUCACCUUAACAUGUAAAUCCACAGGGUAGAUUUCUUUCUAGAUGUGGAAGCAGAAGCGAGCUCUUACGUUGUCCUUUGUCUUUUAUUUACUUGGUCCCAUGUGCCGUGAAUCCUAAGAUACAACGAAAACCAGCUACGUGUGAGUAGCUCACAGGUUUUGGGAGUCAUCGAUCCCAAACCAGGGUUUUUGGUUGUUUGUUUGUUUUGUUUUGUUUUUUUCUCAUUUUCUACCUCCUUCUCUUGACCAAGGAUGGACAGUUGAAGGAGAUAUAACCCAGUGGCAUAUGUUAAGAAAUUAUUCUUUUCUCUUUCCUUUUGUUUAUGGGGUGAGGGGAGAAUGGCAGAUUUGUAUGAUUUUUUCACUAAAAUCUCUAUGUGCCAGGUUCUAUUGACUUUGUAUGCAUGAGCGUUUCUGACACAAGCACAGUAUAUGUCUGUAUAUAUGCACAAAGAAUGCACAUGACCCAGGGCCUGGACAGCACAGGGUAACACCUUACUGCCAGCUGCCCCUACAAGAGCACUUCAGAAAACGAAACCCCUGCCUAUUUAUUAAAACCCUCCUGGUCAGACUUUCCGGCCUCCCUUGGCAACACAUUCUAAAACCUGAAUAGGCCCUAUCAUCAACAAAUUCUCUCUCUUAUUUUGAAACAAAUACCCUCAGGCACCUUUGAUUUGCUUUGCUCUUUCACUACAUUAGGAGCCAGUGAGAUGAACUAGUCUAACCCUGUUUGUGUUUAACAGACAAACAGUCACAUCCGCAAACAGAGCAUUGAGACACACCACACUCAGCCUUCCCCAUUCUUAUUAGAACAACCAUUAUUCUCUAGCUGACUGAGAGUUUUAACUUACCCACAUUUUAUUAACGAGGCCUUUGAUAUAAUCCAGGCAAAUUCUCUCUAUCCCUAUGGGUUGUGAAGCUACAAACAGCACCCCAAAAUUGAAAAUGCAUCCAGCCUUCUGUUCGCUUGUUUUAGAGGAUUUGUGGCCCUCCCUCCCACACACAUACUCAUUUCUAUUACAAACUUUAAACUACACCUGUACACUGUUGCUUGCUGAUAGCUAGGUUUGGAUACCUUUGGAAUCCUGGGGUUUGGCUGUGGCCCUACUAUGGUUUAGUUGUAUCAUUUCUACAGUGUCUGUAAUGACCCAAAUGGGUGGCUGGAACAUAAAAGUUACUGAUUUGAUUUUUUUUUUUUUUAAAAAAAAAACUUUUUUUAAAAAAAAUAUUCCUGACCUGUAUAGAUACCAUCCAAAAGAAAUUGUUAACACUGUCUAUCCAUGUGACUCUGUCUUCUAUUAAUCUACCAGUAGUUCUUUUGUUCAAUUGCACUAAAAGAGUGUCCAAAGACAACUUUUGAUUUCCAGCAUUCCUCAUACAUCUCAGUGGUAACGGAAAAGAUGAUUUAUCGCUAGUGUGUGCCAAGAAUUCCUAUUUUGUGUGUGUGUGUGUGUGUGUGUGUGUGUGUGCACGUGUGUGUCUUUGAGUGCAUGUGUGUAUGGUUAGCACAAGUAAUAAAGGCAAUCAGACAAUGUCUUUAUAGAAGAAAAAUCUAAUGACAUGUUUCUUCUUUCUGAAAACUUUCAUUGGGGCACAUUUAUUAUUUAAAAAUCUCCUCCUUGAUUUAUUGGUGCCCAUUAGUAUACGAUUGUCUUUCUGAAUUUUUUAUAAUUCUUGACUACACAGGUAGGUAAUAGGAUAAGGCAAUAUGUUCUUGUCCUGAUACUUCAAGUGAAAUUUAAAAUUCUAUUUAAGUGAAAAAGAAAGUUUCCUUGAGGUGCUGAGUUGCCAGGAAUAUUAUCAUUUAUGAAAGUGUUCAUUUGUGUAUUAAUAGUUUAGCAGAUAGUUGAUAGCUUUGGGUAUAAAUCCUGUUAAUGCAUCUUUCUCCACUCAAUGUUUCUUGAUGGUACAUCAAAAAUACUAUCAUAGUUAUUAUGGAAGAUACUGUGAAGCAUCAUGGAUCUUAAUGGGUCAAGAAGGUGCUGGAUAUGAAUUGUUGACCAGGUGAUCGUUGACUGAGUCACUGAAAGGGCUGACAGAAAAUCUGAGAUUUGAAUAAAUUAGCCAAAGUCCCAAGUUUCUUUAAAUUUCAGCCCUAAUCAGAAUGGUAUUGAGACACUCAAGGAUUGAUCUGUCCAUUGACCCACAGCUUCUACUAGAGUCUUCAAAUAGGAAAUACAGUGCUGCACCCAGAGUAUUGUAGCAAUGUCCUGCAGGCUUUUUGUUAUGGCUUUAUUUUUCUUCAUAGGUACUCUUUGUACCCAUGAUAAACAAGCUUAGCAGUAGAAAUUUGUUGAAAGCAACAACAUCCCAUUUUCAUUUUGGUCUACCUGAAUAGUGACACCUGCCCCACGGUAAAAAGUUUAAACAGAAAGAGAAAAGAUGUGGUAUUCAUUUAUGGGGGUAUUGACAUAUUCAGGAAUAUAGCCUGAGUCAGUAGAAGGCUUAGAGAAGGCACCAGGGACAUCAAGGCUUAGGUUCCUUUUGGAGUGGACUCAUCUAGUGUACUCCCUGUAGUCUCUACCACAUUGGAAAUGACCUUUGGCUAAAUGAUCCAUAAAAAUAAGCACUCUGUUAUCCUUGGCUUGAGAGUCUUAAUCUCAGUCAUGGACAGUGCAGUAUUUCACCAAGUUCAUUUCUUAUUGUGGGUUUUGACAGGGGCUGUACAUUGUUGAUACCAAGAAAUAAGUAGUGCUGAGUAGUACCAUUCUAUCCAGUCCAAUUCUAUCUAUUCUAAAAGGAAAAUAAAAGUGUUAACAUAGGUGCCCUACUGAAACCUGACAUGUAAAGAGCCUUAGCUUGGGCUGCCUUCUGAGAAUCUUAUAAGCCUAACUCCACAGAAGUUAGAGUGGUCAUUCCCUAAAUAGAUAUGAAUCUCCUGAAGUUAGAGGCACAUUACAUAGGCAUAUUUAUAAAGUCCUCCAACCCCCUAUUGAGUCGUACUGUAUUGCAAACAGCAGAGGGAAAAGAAAAAUAAAAAUGCUAACAUAAUUAUUCUUUUACACUGCUCAGAAGAAAACAAGGCACUGAUGGACAGUAUUGAGGGACCCAGAGAGAUGGCUUCCAAAGUAUGCUGUGAGGUAUUCCUUUGUAUGAAUCAUACCUAUCUUUCCCGGAAAUGCAUGUGUGAUGAGUUUUUAAAAUGGAGGGAGACUGUAAUGACACACAUGCUUCCAUAGUGGAAUGUCUAUUCCAGGUAACUCAUUGAAGAGAAACACUUGAUUAAUAGAAGGCCCACAUAGAACUAUCCAUGUAUUAAUUGGCCUUGUUUGAUUCAGAAGCAUCCUUUCCCACAAAUGGUAGGCGCUUGCCCAUUGUUUAUUCUCUUAGCCAUUCCUGCAUAUGCUUCUGGGCUAUGCUUUUUUUUUUUUUUCUAUAGACUCUCCAUGGAUCUGAGUGUGCUUUUACAUUGCUGAGAGGAACAUGCUCCAUUGAGUUGGGGGUCGGGGGUCGGGGGGAGAAAUGACAGGUAGAGUAGUUUGAAAAACUACUCCACUACAGUUCCCACAGUGGAAGUCAAAAUUUGAUUCUCAUAAACUUUUCUUUGCUAUCACUUCAGUUCUUCCAUUUGGUGUCUAGAGUAGACCAACACAGAAAACACAAGGUUUGGAUUCUCAACCACUGGAUAAAUUGUCUUGAAAUUUAAGUAACGUUGGCCUUAUAUUUGAUCUUUGUUAGAAUUAAUAAGACAUUUUUCUGUGAACUUAUAGGAAAAAAUUCUAUGUCAUCUCUACUUGGAAUAAUAAUUUUCUAAGGAAAAAUUAAGGGAAUUAUUUUCCCCCUGAUGACUUUGUGGCAGAUAAAUGUUUUUUGCCAAUUUGCAUGCAGAGCUUUAGGUUUUAGCAUGGGCCAUUUCUCUCUUUAAUGUCUUGGCAUUGUUGGCAUCUUGCAAUCUUGAUGGCCCACUGUUGCAAUUUUUAAAAUUUUCUUUUAU